CCAUCGAUGGGCUAACAUGAGAACCCACCAUAUUCCUGUAGACACUCCGAUCCGGAGCCAUUUCUGGCGGAGCUACCUGCCUAUACUGCUCCGCGAUGCCAUGCCCGUGUAGACCUCGUAGCGUGCGCAGGGUCGCUCCAGACCGAGAGUUGCAGCAAUGACGCGCUGUGCCUGUAAUCGCCAUCUUCCCAGGUUUCUCUCGGGCACUAUGACGUCGGUAUGUCAAACAAGUCCCAUUUGACCUGCGUCCCGCUCGCUAGACUUGCACCGAUAUAUAUGCCGCAGCUGACCGUCUCGCCCACCAUACUCACCAUGCGUCUCGCCCUCCGUCCCCUCUCGCGCCCCUUCCCCCUCCGCGCCGCACCGCUCGCGCGCGGCAUCAAGAUCCGCUCCCAAGACCCGAAGGACAAGCCGAUCGACUCGCCCGGCGGCGAGGCGACAACUGCGCCCUUCAAGAAUGGCUCGGCGGGAAGCGGGCCCAAAGCCAACGAUGGACAGUACAGCGCCAGCACGAUUGCGAAUGAGGAGGGCGACUAUACGAACCAGGAGCGCGCGACACCCGACGUCAACAAGGAGGCGCGGGAGGCGGACGAGGCAGCGCUUAAGAAGGAGGUGAGUGCGGCGGUCGACCGGAGUGGAUGAGGGCGGAGCGAGAGGAUGCCACGGCUGACUCGCAGAAGAAGUAACUGAAGGAAAUCAUGUACUGCUUGGACUUGUGCUGGACUCAAGCUAGCCAGCGGAAAGCUGCUGGCGACGAAGGACUGAUUUCAGGAAAGGGGUCGUGAUGGUGUGAGAGUGUCAGAAAGAAGUGGA